ACAUGCGCAGGAAGAAAACGGCGGAACUUGCUAGAUGCCGGUUUGAAAAGCGUUGACCGCCAUUAAGUCAAAAAAUAGGCGCGUGGAGCGGGCGCUGUUAAAUUUCUUUAAAUCCGAACGGUGUUAGGAGAUGGCUUCUGAGGAUAUCUCUCAGCUGGCGGACUCUCUUGCAAAGACUCAAGUGGGUGGAGGGGAGCUGAGUUUCAAAGGCCAUGCCCUAAAGCUCGACACAGCUGAAGCUGCUGCUGAAAUUAUUGAAGAGAUUGAGAAAUUUGAUCAUCUACAAGCACUCUGCCUGGAAGGAAAUACAAUUGGUGUGGAAGCUGCUAAGGCCAUUGCUCGAAGUCUUGCUAAUAAAAAGGAAUUGCAGAAAUGUCACUGGAGUGAUAUGUUCACAGGACGACUGCGGACUGAGAUUCCACCUGCUCUGGUAUCCCUAGGCAAUGCACUGAUGAAUGCAGGAGCCCAGCUGACACAGCUGGAUCUAAGUGACAAUGCAUUUGGACCUGAUGGAGUCAGAAGUAUUGAAACCUUGCUGAAGAGCAAAGCAUGUUACACAUUACAGGAGCUGCGACUGAAUAACUGUGGCAUGGGAAUUGGUGGUGGCCAGAUUCUUGCAGCAGCACUCAGUGAAUGUCACAGACAGUCACGUGCAUCAGGAAGGCCAAUGGCACUGAAAGUUUUCAUUGCAGGGAGAAAUCGUCUGGAGAAUGAAGGUGCUAUUGCACUAGCUGGUGCUUUUAAGUCCAUAGGAACCCUGGAGGAGGUACACAUGACACAGAAUGGAAUAAACCAUCAAGGCAUUACAGCUUUAGCAAAAGCCUUCACUGAAAACCAGAACCUGAGGGUUAUAAACCUUAAUGAUAAUACUUUCACAGAAGAAGGAGCUAUUGCCAUGGCUGAGACUCUGAAGACUCUCCAAAGCAUUGAAGUACUAAAUUUCGGAGAUUGUCUGGUACGAUCAAAAGGAGCUAUAGCCAUUGCUGAAGCUGUAAAACUUGGCUUAAAGAAACUUAAGGAAUUGAACCUUUCGUUUGGAGAGAUCCAGAAGAAUGCUGCAAUCAUGGUGGCCAAGGCCAUGGAACAUAAAUCCCUGCUGGAAAAACUUGAUCUAAAUGGGAAUUGUCUUGGAGAGGAAGGCCGUGAACAAUUGAAGGAGGUUAUGGACAGCUUUAAGAAGCAAGAUUUGCUGGGCUCUCUCAGUGAUGAUGAAAGUGACGGAGAUGAAGAUGAUGAGGAAGAGGAUGAAGAAGAACUAGACGAUGAUGAAGAGGAGGAGGAGGAGGAGGAAGGAGGAGGAGAAGAGAAGGAGCAGGAGAAAGAACCACCAGUCACAAACCAAGUGAUUGAACCAUCCAUGAUAACAGUUGCAAUCACCCCAGAAUCAGAAGCUGCAGUCUUCUUGAACUUUCCAUCCCCGGACAAACUCCUUAAACUGGGGUCUAAACGUUCGCAUUUGCUAUUGCAACAGACUGAUCUAUCAAAUGCUGAAAAAGUUGUCCAAACAUUUCUGAAGGUAGCUGCAGUCUACAGGGAGGAUCAGGAAACAAAAGCAGCUGUACUAGAAACCGCAGAUGAACUGUUGCAGAAAGCAUUCAAGACUCCUGGAUUUCAGAUAGAUGUUUUCAUUACUACCCUCUUAGUGUAUAUGGGGCUUCUGAAGAGUGAGGAAAAGAUUACAGUGAUCAGUAAUCUAAUUGGGCCUCUGACAGUCCUCAAACAAGUCAUUCAGAAGAACUACUUUCCACGCUCCAUAAUCCCUAUUCUGUCUGCAUUCCUUAACAAGCAAAAUCGUGCUUUUGACAGCUGUCAAAAUGCCAAAUACAAUUUGUUGGAGACCAUAGAGAAUCUUUAGUACCACGGCUGUGUAGGAAUCAGUGCACCAAGCUAAGGACAUGGACUUUAGAGCAUAUCCAUAUUACAGAAGAACCGCCCAGCAGCUGCAGAAUGCCUUCUGGCUGCAUAGUGCAAAAUGCUUCAUCUUCAUGCUACCGACUGGAUCCUUGCUUCUGUCUGGAUGGGAAAUUUAACUCAGUUGUCAAGGGUACUUGGCAACCUGCUGCAGACUCUGGCCAGUGCUUUCUUCUCCGUUAGUUGCAAAGGAAAGCAAAGUUGGAAUUAAAUUUUGGUGACUGGUGGCUCAUCUUGUGUCUCCUUCUGCUGUUUUUGGUGGUGGGAGAUAGUGAGAAGAGAAUAGCCAAAUUCCCAUGGUUUUCAACAAGAACUGUUUGGUAUAACCUAAAUUGUGGCCCUUUAUCAGACGCUUGGUGCUUUCUUAAAAAAAAAAAUUUCCUCCAUGUAUAUCAUAUUACAGGCAUGGGAGUCCACUUAUCUGGAGAGAAAGGCACACAUUAUAUCAGAGUGAUAGCUCAAUUCUAUUUAUGAAAUUUUGUUGAAAGAGUCUAUACUCAAGCUGGUAGUCCUUAAAUGGACUUGUAAAGUUCUUCCAAAAUUUAUCUAACUCUACACAGUUUACAGUACAAGGCAAGUUACUUGUAUCCCCAAUCAGAUGAGUGUUGGAUAGAGUUUUUUUUGCUGAAGGAUUGCUUCCCCAGUCCUCCUUCCUGCACCACCACCCUCAGUCCCAGUUGAUGUAUUCGUUCUGUGGAGAAUUUUAGGGAUAGGUCUGUGUAGUUCCUUGUUCAUUUUCUCCUGUCCAUCACCUCCUGCAUCCACCACCCACUGCCCCCACCCCCACUCCCACACACACAAUAUAGGAAAUUAAAGCCCUCUAUUUGGUUGAUGAAGGUUCUACUCAUGCAGGUGAACAGAUCACAGAAUUUAUCUCUCUCUGGUCUGUACUAUAUCAAAUGACGAUGAUGUGGGGGAGAGCAUUCCAGGUUUUGGUUUGGAUCUUGAUUUUUUUUUCUUUUGGCUACUACUGGAAUAUGUGCUUGAAAGACUGAAGACAGAGUUGUGAUUGUCUUUAAUGGUGCCUAUGUUUAAAUCGCUCACCUGAGCUUGCUGUCUAAUCUUGCGUGAAUGAAGAACAGGAUUCUGCUGCCUCCUGUGGAACUAUGUCAUGUUAAGAAUUAUCCACUGAAGAAGAGGAAACCAUUAGAACAAGAUUACAGUACAAGAAUACUAGUCUAAUAUAUUCCCUGGGCAUCUUUUGAAAAGAAA